AUGUGUUGUGUUUUUUUAUUUCCUGGCAGGCGUUGCUCGUCGUCCGUGAUGCGGGCCUUUUUUUUUUUUUUUUUUUUGGGUGGCGGGCGUUUUGCCGCACGGUGCGUUCUCGCUUGCUCGAGUGGCGCCAAUAGCAGACAGAAGAUGUGUGCAGUUUGA